AUGGGCCCACUGUUGGCGUUGUGCACGCAGUUAGUAAUGGCGCCCCUGCUGGCGCCGUCCACUCAGCUGCUGGCUCGCGAGUUCUGCAGCAACUGCGCAAUUGAUUCUGCUACGGUGCGACUCUGCAGCGCCUCCGCUCCUCGCUCUUCCCGUCUCAUCGCUCGUCGCUCUGCCUGUCGUGUCGCUCCGUCGCGGCAGAGAGGAGAGAGAGGGGGAAGGGCGUGGCAGCGGACCGCUAGCAACGACCGCCAGCGUCGGUGCCAGCGCCAGCGACAACCGCUGCUGCCAGCAUCAUCUCUAGCGGCGGUCGCCUGCACCAUCGCCAACCACGCUCCCCGUCCGCACCCUGUUCGCGAAUCCUGUCCGCAUCCCACCCGCCCUCCCGUCGACUUCGCAGCUGCUGUGAAGGGAGUGGCGGAAGUGGCGGGAGUGGCGAGAGAAGCUGCGCCAUUCACCUGCUCGCGCCAGACCGCUCGCACCCUGCCGCCCACACGCACUUCACCGCCCGUUUCCGGCCCGCUCGCUCGAAGGUCCCACUGCCCCCACGGCAUCGAGAAUGAAGGGGACGGCGUACGAAGGCGCGGCGGUCACUGUGGGUGGGAGAGGGAGGGGAAGGGAUUGGCGGUGGAAUGCUGUGGGGGAGACAGGAAAAGGGGGAAGGGAGUGGCGGCGGAACACCAGCAACACCCGCCAGCACCAGGCACCAGCGCCAGCCGCCAGCACCAGGCACCAGCGCCAGCCGAGAGACCCCGCCAGCAGCUACUCCGCCAGCAGAGACCCCGCCAGCAGCUACUCCGCCAGCAGAGACCCCGCCAGCAGCUACUCCGCCAGCAGAGAGACCCCGCCAGCAGCUACGCCACUAGCAGAGACACCCCGCCAGCAGCUACUCCGCCAGCAGAGACCCCGCCAGCACCUACUCCGCCAGCAGAGACCCCGCCAACAGCUACUCCACCAGCAGAGACCCCGCCAGCAGCUACUCCGCCAGCAGAGGCCCCGCCAGCAGCUACACCGCCAGCAGAGAGACCCCGCCAGCAGAGAGACCCUGCCAGCAGCUACACCGCCAGCAGAGAGACCCCGCCAGCAGCCCCACCUGUGACCAACAACCCCACCUGUGACCAGCAGGCCCACCUAUGA